AUGACUGGCAGCCCAUCACCGAAGACAAGACGUUUCACCGGUAGCUCUUGCGACUGGAUCGAGAGCUAUAGUAUCCUGAGUCAGAAUACGAGUGCGAUGAAGCAUACUGGGCGCUUCGACUUGAGUGUGCACUGCAGGCAUAGCCAACGUAGAUUGUGCGUUGUUGAAUGUCGUGACCAGGUCUGCCAUAGGCCGCACAUCGAUCAAUUGCGUGUUGGUAGUAGAGACACCGACAUGCUGAGUAUAGCUCGACCAGUUGGUAGCACAUAUCUACUUUACUGUUGUAGUAGUUGUUUGAGAAUGAAUCGCAGUUCCUGCCUGCACGGAUCACUUUCUUCACGGCCGCGCCGAGCGGCAGCUGAGGUUCGAUUAUCGGACCAAAAACAAUAA